AUGUCAUCGGUUCCGAGAUUAUCGAGGCGACAAAAAGGGAAAUCGGUCGCGGCGACAUCGACGCCGGCAAGGAAUCCCGACGGAGGUCGUCUCGGGGAUCUGGAAUCUGCCCACCAUGCGGCGAUGAUGGACACCGCCAAUUUAUCUCGUUCCCAAAGGCUUCUGGUCGCAGAUGCUACGAGGCUUGCGAGGGAAGGGAAUGAGAACGUCGCUGUUAGCGACGCGACGGAUUGCGCGAGAGACGGGCAGAGCGGGGCGACGCCUGUCGACUCGGUUACUUUGAGAGCUCGCCCUAUGGAGGGCGAUCCUCCUGAGAAUGACGAUCCCGAAGCUGAGUUAGUCCCAACGACCUUCUAUCCUGACGGGAUUUUCGAGGAGCUUCCGAGGCUUCUACCCAACUUGCUUCGCCCUGCCUUCGUGGCUGGUCAAGACUGGGAGGGUGUAGAAGAGACUAAAUCUACCCCGAGGAGCGUGAAGAAGGUUCUUCGAUCCAAGGGCGCUACGGGCGUAACUUUCCUUAUCCCCACGAAAGAGCAGAGACCUUGGUCUCCUCCGAUCGGAUAUCAGACGGUAUACGAGUCUUACUUCCAGGAGGACACUCGCUGUUGGUUCCCGAUCCCGCGACUGAUCACUGCGUACGCUAGGCGGCGAGACAUCGCGAUUAGCCAACUGUUGAACGGCUCGUUGCGACUGGCCGUCACCUUAUCGAUUUUAGCGGAGCAGAUCGAUAUGCCGAUGAGCGUCAGAUCUUUCGAGGAGAUGACCUCGAUAACCGAUAUGAAGGACGGAACCUACUCGGUGAAAAUGCGACCAAACUGUAAUGUAUGCGCCGGUCAUCCGAACAAGACGCAGAAUUGGCAGCGCUCUUACUUCUUUCUUAAAUCCGACGUCUCGGCUUUCGAGGAGCCUCCUCAGGAGGACUAUCGGGUUCUUUGGAAUCGAUCCUGUGUUGGCCAUCCUACGUCUCCCGUCUAUCCCGAAGAUUUCUUGAAGAGCGUUCAAGCCGUCGCUUUGCUUAGAAUCUACCGUUGGUCUGAGAUCACCGUCGAGAAGACCUACGAGCUUAAAGAUCGGAUUGCUCGAAGAGGGUGGAGGUCAGAUCUUCCAACAGUUCUUCCUAUUCGCGCGAAGAGGCUGGAAAUUUUUCCGAGAGAUAUCCAGAAACAAGUCAACGAGGCAAAGAGAAUGGGAACUCUUCCAGACUUGAGCGCGAUGCUUGCCGUUCAACUAGGACUGACUAGCGGGGGCGGGCCCUCGACGGCUGUCCCUCGCGCUAGCGAGGUUCCUCCUUCCGGUGCUGCGAGUGCGAAGAAAAGUAGGAAGAGGAAGAGGGGUGUCUCGGGAGCCGAGGAGAACGCCGAGGAGGCGAGCGGCGUCCCCCCUUCCGGUGAUCUUCAGAAGAAGAAGAAGAAGAGGAAGAAGACCAAGAGGUCUGUUGAGGCUCAAUCGGAGGGCCCCGAGGAGCCGACUGGUACUGAGGAGGAAGACGAAGAAACUCGGCCUGAAGAGGAGGUUUCUGAGGCCGAAGUCUCGAGAGAGCGAGAUGAUGCGAGGGAAGCAGAUGGAUCUGAGGCUUCCCUUAACGCCGCCAUCCCGGAUGGUUCCGACGAAGAUAGUGGUGAGUCGCCGCUUUUGGUGAGAAGGCACAACGACGAGAUCGACGAUGACGUGCGAUCUCCUGUUCUGACGCUUCCUAGCGAGGAGACUCCGGCUAUCACUGGGGCGGGGGCCGUUCAGACCGGCACGUCUCCUCGCGGCUCUGCUAUCUUAAGGAGGGCUCCCGGGAUUAACUUUCCGGAUAAGGUCUCUUUCCACUACGAAGGGCCGGCCCCUCUGGCGUACGUUCCCGAGAAGUGCGGGGAGCUUCUUCGUCAGCUUAGAGGGAGGGCAAAAUCCCUUCCUGCCGUGAGGGACCUCAUCUUCGGGGAUGAAUACGAGGAGGCUGCGAGGGCAAAGCUGCUGGGAGACGGCGCGAUGAACGUCGUGAUUGAUAAGUACGACACUGCCCUGAAAGGAGUCUCGACUGAACUUGAGCUGGCCAAGAAGGAACACGCGGAGAAGGAGGAAGCUUCUGCUCGUCAGCUGAGUACAUCAAAGGCUAACGUCGAGAGGCUCAACGGGAUGGUCACUCGUGCGAUGGCUCGAAGGGACGAACUCAAGGCCGACUUGGUGGCAUCUCGCGGGAUUAUCCAUGAACUCGAGCAGAAGAACGCUGAGCUCGAGGGCGAGAAAGCUUCGCUCGCUGCAUCUCAUGAAAGAGAGAUGAAGCGCCUUAGAGAUUCCAGGAUCUUGGAAGUGACAAAGGAACGAGGAAGGGUUGAGGCCGAGAUGUCUGCAAAGGCUAACCGUCGCUUCGCCAGGAUUCGCUCCCGAGAGGAACGUCGAAGCCUUUACGACAAGGCUCGGUUGCUUCAUAGCCAAGCUUUUGGGACCAGAAAAUGCCUCGAAGCCUUGAAGAGGGCUGGGAGCGACAUCCUGCAAGCCACGAUCGAUCUUUUCGCGGAGCAAGAGAAAAAAUACGAGCAGGAGGCCGAGGAGCUCAAGGUUGGUGAGAUACCCGAGGUGGAUCUCACGCUUUCUCCUCUUAUAUUGGAUUCCCAGUUUGUGGAUGCUCGUAUUUUGGCGAGUCUUGAUCCCUACGGGUCCAAUGCCGGUCUGAUCGACCCAGAGACCGAGCAAAUCGCAACUCUUGUCUCACUCGCCUCUGAUCCAAUCGACGGGCGCCGCGACGAGCCGACGCCUUUUGUAGAGGGUUCUUCGGCUGCGUUUGAGGGGGAGACGCCUAAUCGGGGGACCAAUGCUGCUGAAGACGGUGGUCCUGUCCUCGUGCUCUCGGAUACUUCGGCUGAAGGGUCUCGUCGAGGUAAUGAGGAGGUUGCUCGCGAGUCGAGUGUCAGGGCUUCGGAGCUUUCUGCCCUCAACGAUCGUGAGAGCGACCGAGAGGAUUAG